GGGGGCCGCUGGCGGGUCUCUGACUUCGGUGCACGAGGCUUUCGGCUACGAGAUCCCGGAGGGGGUCAUCGGCGACGGGCAGCAGAUGGUCAUCCGCGAGUCGACCGCCCUCGUCUGUAUCGACGAGACCUGGGUGUCCGCCGCCCUGGUCGAGGAGGCCAAUUUGGCGGAGUGGAUGCGCUUGAAAGCCACGGGUCCCGGCAAGGACCCAAGGCUGCUGGGCGACAAGCGGAUCGGGCGCUUGCCGCACAUGAGUUCCCAGACGGUUGCCAAGCCCUCGAAGCCGGUCCAGCUCGCUCUGAUAUCGGCGAACCACGACUUUGUGAGCCAUCACUUGGACGGGCGCACGAAGUCCGGCGUGAACGUCAACGGCGUCGUCUGCCGCAUCCAUCGGCGGGUGUGCGAGACGCUGGCGAUGAUCUUCUCCUGCGACGAGGUCGACCCGGCGAACGUCGCAGGCGUCGAUUACCUCAGUCGGUGGCUCUACGAGGUGGAGACCGCCGUUCGUCGCAGCCCGAAGGUGCCCAACCUCGCCAACUUGGAGUGCAUCUUCGCGGCGCCAUUGGGCGAGGACGGGCGCGCCCUGCUCCCCGAGUUCGGCAGCUUCGUGUCGAGCCUGCAGCGAGACGAGGCGCAACGCCUGAAGCAGAUGCGCCUCUGGCACGAGGAGACGGGCCAUUUGGCGCAGGGCGGCGGCG